GAAAAGGAGAGGGAGAAACUGGGGACCCUGGUCCAAAGUGGGAAGCAGCAGAGGUAUCAGCAGGGCCUGAAACCUCCAGGAUCACCGCCAGCACUCACGUAUCCUCAUCCUCCUCUCCUGCACCUAGCUCAGCUUCAAAAGAGCUAAAGGAACAAGGAAGGACUGUAAUAAAUAUUUGUCUAACGAGUGGAUGAGUAAAGGCGAGGGAAGGGGUGUGUUUUGAAAGUCCAUUCUCUCUCUCCCUGCCCAUCACACCCCAACAGUCACUCCCCUCCAGGGUAAAGGAUAAAGGCAUCUGGGAAAAGGAGCCAGCACCUGGUUGCAGUGGCCUUAUAGUUCGGAAGAGCUACAGUGGCAGUGCCAUGCCUAGGUACACAGUGCACGUGCGUGGGGAAUGGCUGGCGGUGCCCUGUAGUGAUGGGCAGCUCACCGUGGGCUGGCUGGGCCGCGAGGCCGUGCGGCGCUACAUGAAGAACAAGCCAGACAAUGGUGGCUUCACCUCAGUGGACGAGGUGCACUUCCUCGUGCGUAGGUGCAAGGGCCUGGGCCUGCUGGACAGCGAAGACCUGCUGGACGUGGCCUUGGAGGACAAUGAGUUCGUAGAAGUGGUCAUAGAAGGCGAUGCCAUGUCUCCUGACUUCAUUCCCUCUCAGCCAGAAGGUGUUUACCUAUAUAGCAAAUACCGGGAGCCUGAAAAGUACAUUGCCUUAGAUGGGGACAGUCUGAACACAGAGGAUCUGGUCAACUUGGGAAAGGGGCACUACAAGAUAAAGCUCACUUCAACUGCUGAAAAGAGGGUGCAAAAAUCCAGGGAAGUCAUAGACAGCAUCAUAAGAGAAAAAACAGUUGUUUACGGCAUCACUACAGGUUUUGGGAAAUUUGCCAGAACUGUAAUUCCUGUCAGUAAACUACAGGAGCUUCAAGUCAACCUAGUUCGUUCCCAUUCUUCAGGUGUUGGGAAACCACUCAGUCCUGAGAGGUGUCGGAUGCUCUUGGCUUUGAGGAUCAACGUCUUAGCCAAAGGAUACAGUGGAAUUUCCUUGGAGACCCUGAAACAAGUUAUUGAAGUAUUUAAUGCCUCCUGCCUAUCCUAUGUUCCAGAGAAAGGAACUGUUGGUGCCAGUGGAGACCUUGCACCGCUCUCUCAUCUUGCUCUGGGACUGAUUGGAGAAGGAAAGAUGUGGUCUCCAAAGAGUGGCUGGGCUGAUGCUAAAUAUGUCCUGGAGGCCCACGGAUUGAAGCCAGUUGUUCUGAAACCAAAAGAGGGCUUAGCACUUAUCAAUGGGACACAGAUGAUCACUUCCCUGGGCUGUGAAGCUGUGGAGAGAGCCAGUGCCAUUGCCCGGCAGGCUGACAUUGUGGCUGCCUUGACCCUUGAGGUGCUGAAGGGCACCACCAAAGCCUUCGAUACUGACAUUCAUGCUGUUCGCCCUCACCGUGGGCAAAUUGAAGUCGCUUUUCGGUUUCGGUCGCUCUUGGACUCAGAUCACCACCCAUCAGAAAUCGCAGAAAGUCAUAGGUUCUGUGAUCGUGUUCAGGAUGCAUACACCUUGCGCUGCUGUCCACAGGUCCAUGGAGUGGUGAAUGAUACCAUAGCAUUUGUGAAAGACAUCAUUACUACAGAACUAAACAGUGCAACAGAUAAUCCUAUGGUCUUUGCCAGUCGAGGAGAGACAAUUUCAGGAGGAAACUUCCAUGGCGAAUAUCCAGCCAAAGCCCUGGAUUAUUUGGCCAUUGGUGUUCAUGAACUUGCUGCAAUUAGUGAAAGACGAAUUGAAAGGCUCUGCAAUCCCUCCCUCAGUGAGCUGCCUGCCUUCCUGGUGGCCGAAGGUGGUCUGAACUCUGGGUUCAUGAUUGCCCACUGCACUGCUGCAGCGCUGGUUUCUGAGAACAAGGCUCUGUGUCACCCUUCAUCUGUGGACUCCCUCUCUACCAGCGCUGCUACGGAGGACCAUGUCUCCAUGGGUGGAUGGGCAGCCAGGAAGGCCCUCAGGGUCAUCGAGCAUGUGGAGCAAGUGCUGGCCAUUGAGCUUCUCGCUGCCUGCCAGGGCAUAGAGUUUCUGCGCCCCCUGAAAACAACCACUCCUCUGGAGAAGGUGUAUGACCUGGUGCGCUCUGUUGUAAGGCCCUGGAUAAAAGAUCGCUUCAUGGCACCAGACAUUGAGGCGGCACACAGGCUGCUCCUUGAGCAAAAGGUUUGGGAAGUAGCUGUGCCCUACAUCGAGAAAUACAGAAUGGAGCAUAUUCCAGAAUCCAGGCCACUUUCUCCAACAGCCUUUUCACUAGAAUCUCUGUGCAAGAAUUCCAUCAAAAUCCCGGAGUCUGAAGAUCUUUAAUGGGCUUCAUCAUGGAGCAGCAGAUGAGAUGUCACUGAACCAAACGCAAAGCUGCAGUGUGCUGAAGGAGAGCCGGGGAACCGCCCACUGUGUGUGGGGCAAAGCUCCUUUAGAACCCGCUCUCAUUAGGCUGGUGGCAGUGACACAGUUGCUGAACCCAGCACCGCAUUCUUGGCACCGUGGUUGAGGAGUGUGGUAUCUUCAGAUGGUGGUGUUUUCUUUCUUUCUUAGCAAUAUUAACUUACUCUUUAGGCUACUUACUCUUAAGAAUGACCACAAUUACUUAGCUUUGUUUUUACUCAGCAUUGGACAAACCGAUUCAGGGCAUUCUUCUCUUAAAAACAAAUUUUGUGAACUUUUAUUUUUUUUGAGACAAGGUCUCACUAUAUAGCCCUGGCUGGCCUGGAACU